AGUCUCUUGCCUCAUUAGGUCUAGGAAUGUUUUUCCUAUACUAAAGCUCUCAGUCAUUUCACUAAGAAGCUCUCAAACAUCUGUGAUGUGAACCAGGAAGGUAUCAAUGUUGUUCCAGGAAUGGGAAUAGAACUUCAUGGAAAUAUAUUUGGCUGCCUUACAUCUGUCUAAAUAAGUCAAGUCUUUAAGUUGUGGAAAUUUUCCACUAAAUUCUUCAGGAAUUGUAUGUAUGGCAAGCAGGACUUUCCAGCUUUGCAGGAGCUGUGGGAUGCUGCAAUACAGGGCACCAAAACUGAAAACAUGGGCACUUUUUUCCUUUGCUAUAUCUUCUCCUUUUCCCACUACAGGUGGAAAUGGAACUGAAUGAAAAAAAGCUCUACUAAAGAAAGCAGCUAAGUUUUUUAAGAGACUGAGAUUAAAAGAUUCUCUUCAGGUUGCACCAUGCUAUUCUGUAAUAAUAUCAGCAUUUGCUGAUCUCUCUCACAUCUGCAAAUGUAAACAUGGCUUUACAGGAACUGAACACAACAGGCUCAUGCUGUGGACUUGGUUCUUAGCGUGUUGCCCUUCUCUUUGGAUAGGCUCGAAUAUUGCUAAGAAAAAAAUUCAAACUCUCGCUGAAGAAAGACCACAAUGGGUUGUGCUGUACAUAUAGUAUUCAAGGAUACACCUUCUUUUUAUGUGAGCUAAGGCUUUAAGUAAACAGAAAGCAAACUGGAACCACAGUUGUGCAAAGCUGUAUUCAGACAGGAAGCUCCAGAGACAGAAAAUGCUGUAGAGGUUGCUCUUAGGUGACUUUCAUGAUCAGAGACUUUGCAUUACACGGAACUGUGUAUUGGGCUCUCCCAUCAGAAAACGUCUUCAGAAGAAGCCAUUGGACUUCACCUUCAGAAAGGCAAAUUUCUACUUUAGAGAUCACGUCAUCCUCCUUCCUGUGAAAUAAUAUGAACCAGAAGGUGUUAGUUUUCCUUCUCCCAAAUUUUAUUUUUGGGAUAUUUCUUUUUGGAUUUUUCUGUAAGAGACCAAAAAACAUAACAGAUGCUUUUCUUAAUCCCACAGACAACUGGCUGGCAAUUCAAAAUGAUCGCAAAAGCACACUGGCUUCUAUCUGCCAAAAGAACAACCUUCUUAAUUUAAGAAGCAAAUUGGAUUCUCAUGUUGCAAACCAGCUCUUUGUGGAGCACAAACACAAAUUUAUCUACUGUGAGGUGCCCAAGGUAGGCUGCUCCAACUGGAAAAGAACUAUUUUUCUUCUCCAAGCAGACUUGAAUGCAGAAGCUUCUGAAAUUGAGCAUGAUCACAUCCACCAAACCUCACUGAUCAAAAAGCUGGUGACUUACCCUCCUGCCAUACAAAAGCAAUUCCUGAACAAUUACACCAAAGUGAUGUUCACUAGGCAUCCCUUGGAACGGCUGGUUUCAGCUUACAGAGACAAGCUUCUGCACUCUGAGCCAUUCUACAGUAUCACUGUUGCUAAUGAAAUUAGGGCAAUGUUCAGGAAAAAUAAAAAUUCUUCUGAAAAAGUGAGUUUCCAGGAGUUCGUCAACUUCAUUAUAGCAAAACCGCCAAAUGCUCUUGACAUUCACUGGAAACCAAUGUUUCUGCUCUGUGAUCCUUGCAACAUUCACUAUGAUGUUCUGGGUAAGUAUGAAACUCUUGGGUUAGAUUCUGAGCAUGUUCUGAAGGUCAUUGGAGCACCAGAGAGCCUGCACUACCCCAACUUGAAGAGGUAUGGCUCAGAGAAACGAACUAAUGGUGAUAUCACCUUGGAGUAUCUCAGACAACUGAACUCAGAUCAAAUUGAGAAGAUAAAAAAGUUGUAUCAAAUGGAUUUUUUCUUGUUCAACUAUACUAUGAAAUAUGAGGAUUAUUUUUCCCUGAAUGACUAAUGUAGGUUAAACAAAGAACAGUUUCCUUUGUCUUCACAGGUGCUUGAUAGGUGGGUUGGUGACUGCUGCUGAGAUUUUACUGGUGUUUGGAGACAUGGUUUAUCAUCCUAAGCACUCUUAUAACAAAUCCCUGCCAUGAGCUGCUGUACUGUACAGUACUUUACCUAUAUGAAAUUAUUAUCUUCCUGUUGAUCACUAACAGCAUAUGUUCGUUUUAUGAAGAAUGAUUAUAAGUGAUAGAUUUUGGUCUGUUGGUAAGAGGUAGGGGAAAGAUGAAGAAUGUUGUUUUUCACAAUGAAUAUUUUUUAGAACAUCAUUUUUUUAAUAGAAUUUAUUUUAAUUUUUUGUUAGAAAAAGACAUAUGAAGCAAUAAAUAAUCUGCUUUAGAGUCAAACCGCUCUCUGUCUGCAAGAGCCUCAGUCAUGAAUCCUGUAGGAAAAGAGCAAAUAACUUCAGAUGCUUGAAGCUGCAUUACACAGAACUUAAUGCCUGAUUAUAUUCCGCUCUAGCAGUGCUCUCACCACAGCCCACCAGCCUCAUCCCUCAAGCAGUAUAGUUGGCAGCAAUCCAGCCAAGGUUUCCCUUAUAUCUCUUCAGAAUCUUCUGAUGAGCAGGUCUGGUGUUCAUGGUGACUGCAAACUCUUUUCACCACCUCUGUGAGCAUUAUGGUCUGAUUUAAGAGGGAAGGUCUGAAAAAUGUGUCUUUUUUUUUAGAGAAAUAGUUAGAGGUACCUUCUAAACUGUACAACUGGGGUGGUGCAGGAUCUAAAAUCUCAGUGGAAAGGUGACUUUUAUCUAUUGUCCAAAAGCACUUACUGCCCAGUCAACUGACUGGCCAGUCAGCACAGGGGGGACAAAGUUUGGAGUUUCCCCAUUUGUGCCUGCUGGAGCCCAUGACCCCUUGGGACUUACCUGAGCAUUGCACCUAGGCGGAGCUGGGUAACCUCAGAUAAUACAUUUAUUCUACCUGUUGCUUUCUCACCUCUCAGGAGACUGAGUGAAAAUAAAUUGUAGAAUUAUGGUGAGGGGAGCAAUGAAGCAUGUGGGAGACAUAUUCUUGUAUACUUCUUAUAUUCCUAGGUGGCUUUCGGUUUAGAUCACGGAGGGGUCUAUAACUGCUACUAUAGCAAGUACCAGACUUGCCUCAUUUUUUGAAAAAAAAAAAAAAAAAAAAAAAAUUGCCUAGUGACAUUCAAAAUUAAUAUGUGGCCAUAUUAAUUGUAGCAAGUUUUAGAAACUAAUUGUGAGUAUUAACACCACCUUUAGGGGAUGUCAGUCUCUCAGGAGCUAACUUGAAAAUCUCUCAAAUGCACUUAGUUUCUAUCAGCUAUAUCUGCAAAUGUACAGACUGGCAGGCUAGUCUUGGAUCCAAAGUUGGCUCACAGCUUCUCAUUACAUAGAAAAGGAUACUGACAAAAUAACUUAAUCACACUGCAGCUACCAAUCUGUACAACCAUUGCUGCCAAGGGGAGGGGAAAGGAGACUGGGAAAAAUGAAUGCAAUGGGAUUUGAGUCAUGAGGGUUGUGAAGAGAGCUCCCUGUGCGGGGAGUGGAACGCAGGGGUGGUCUACCCCAGAGGGAAGAUGCAAUGAUGUAUUGGACAUCAGCUGGAGACACUGAUGAGAGCAUGGUGACAGGAGGCGGCAGAGGAAGAAGCUCUGUGAGUCUGUCCUUGACGGCAGAUGGUAUGCAAAGCCAGGACUACCGUUCAGUACAUCUGGCAGCUCUUGCAUGGCUGGCUAUUCCAUAAAUGGGCAGCUUUGGCACAGAGAGAGAUCCAAAGUGAGAAGACCAAGCAAGAACGGCAAAACAAUUUAAAAAAAAAAAACUUGUGAUUUUAUGCAGAGCGAUUCAUGGUUCUGGAUCUGACCCUCACCACCGCCAUAUUUGGCGUCCCCAGUCCCACUGUCCCCCGGCACUGGAUUACUCAUGCCACCCUGGCAGCCCUGUAGUUCACUUGGAUUUUUUUUUUUUUUUUUUUUUUCACUUUUUAAUUGUGCUGAGGCAGAGAACGCUGGAAAUGACUCCCAUCAAAGUUAAGGUUAUGCAGAGGGAUCCAGUCUCUUUCCUGAAUCAGAGCCAUCUCCAGCCACAUGCUUCUCCUACUUUCUUUGCCAGAUCAUGCAGAGGAAGAAGGGAAUAAGGUUUGCUUCAUAACUUGAUUCUACAUGAUAAAUCCCUCCAGAGCUAUAAGCUUCAGCAAAGAUACUUUAAUUUUGUAGCACCAUCAGCCAGCCUAGGAAAACUCUGAAGAAAUGAUACUGACAGAGUUUGAUAGGUGUCUUUGCUAUCAGCACUCUAGUGUUAACACUCCCCUCCUGUUUCUUGCUGUUAGAUACGAGUGGCUUUUUAUUCUUAAUUCCUCUUUCACACAGGAUCACAUAUUCUUCCUACAGUGGUAACAGAACAUGGAUGGCUAAUUCAUUCAUCACAAGCACCAGUCAGUAACAGAAAGCUAUCUAUUGAUGCAGAAAUAUCUCUGUAACUAUUGACAACAGACUUCCAGUUUUGACAUUUGCCUAUAAGAAACUGUAAGUAGUGCGUUGCCUGGAACCACUGGUUGCUGUAAUGCUGUUUAGCUGGUGAGGGUCUCAACAAAAAAAAACCUGCAGAGGACACGUGUGUCCAUGUGUGCACAUGUAACAAGUUUUAGGAAGCAGUGUCAUAGAAGAAUGGUAUAAGUUGUGCAUUACCAAUGCUAACAAAAUGAGAAUAACAGGUUGAUAUCUGUUGGAAAACAGAAAAAAAUGGACAUUACCUUAAAAAGGAUCUUGUAACAUUCCCCUGCGGGCUUCUUUCAAUGCUCAAUUCAAUUUACUGCAUUUCCAUUUCUGUAAGCUUGAGAAUACUUCCUACCCGCCCCCGCCCCCCAAGAGCUGCUGUGUAGUGGCACAGGAGUACAUAAGAACUCUGCAAUGUUUCAGAGUUAAUGAAAACAAUGGUGACUUGCUAUAUGUUAUAAAAAACUUUCACAGUUGGUGAAGAUGGGCAUGGAAGUUUGGGCUGAGCUCAAAAAAUGAGUCUGCAGGAGAAAAUUGCAAGGUCUUUAGUACUUGCAUUGAGUUGGCUGUAUUUUUUAGCGAUAGCUGUCUAAGCGGCAAUGCUUGUGGAAAACUCUGGUCUAUAUUUCCUAAUGUGAGAAUGACUGCCCAUUGUCCCGAGCAGGGGGGGACUGUACCACCUUGUUUAUUCCCCAGGUGAACCCCCAGGCUCAUUCCACUGGACGGCAUUGUAAGUUUGCUGAUGAAAGGGCUUACUGUUAUUUCAUUCUUGACAUUGUCAUGUACCAAAAGCUGAUGAAGGCUCUGGAUCCUGUCCUAGUCAGCCCACAAGAACUGCAAGACACCUGUAAACUUUGUGAUGAAAAUGAGAAGAUGGCUGUUUCUUCAUGGCCUGGGAGAGAGAUUUCCUGUACUCUCUUCCAUACAAGUGCACUGUCCAGAACAAAGGCUCUGAGCUGAGUCCACCUCUCUCCUGCCUUUGCCCAGAGAAGAAGCCUCAGUGGAGCUUCUUUCCUUUGGGUGCUGACUCUGGGUGAUGUUUUCCUGGGAAGAAAGUGGGUGCUUGCAGUUGGGAGCAGGGGUGGAGGCGGCAUGGUGUGGCUCGGGGCUUGGGCCCCAGGGUGGAUUCGAAGGGGCUAGGGGUGCCAUAAUUAAUCUUCUGAUUUAUUGUUAUAUGCCUGUGAUAUGACCAUUGCUAUGUUUCAUUUCUAAUAACCGUAAUAAACUGUAGUGAGUUAAUACAC